UGUUGUCUCUUGUCUGUCAUGUCUUAUGAUAGAUAUGUAGCAAUAUGCAAACCACUGCAGUAUGCAACUCAUAUGAAUGGCAAAUUCUGCCUCCAUCUAGCAGCAGGGUCUUGGAUCAAUGGGAUGGUGGCUAGUGCUAUAGUAACAUCUCUGAUGUCACGUUUAAUCUUCUGCGGCCCCAGUGAAAUUGACCAUUUCUUUUGUGAUUUCACCCCAGUGAUUAAACUCUCCUGCAGUGACACCCGCCUGAUCGAACUUGUCACUUUAGUCCUGGCCUCCAUAUUCACCCUGCCCCCAUUUCUAUUGACUCUCAUCUCCUACGUUUGCAUCAUCAUCACGAUCCUGAGAAUUCCAUCUACCACUGGGAGGCAAAAAGCAUUUUCCACCUGCUCCUCCCACCUCAUUGUGGUGACCAUUUUCUAUGGGACCCUGAAUAUUGUGUACCUGUCUCCAAAAAACCCCACUCUGAGAGACCUGAACAAAGUCUUCUCUGUCUUCUACACAGUUCUGACUCCUCUAGUCAACCCCAUCAUCUACAGCCUGAGAAAUAAAAAUGUCAAGGAGGAUUUGGCGCAUGUUAGGAGUGAGUGUGUGGCCUUGACAAGAGAUUAG